AUGGGCGACAGGGUCGACAAUGUGUGUCGCAUCACACGCCAGGACGUGGAUGCUACUAGCGGAGUGGAGUUGCCAGCCGAGAUUUCCGAUCGCGCCAACGUGAUUACAGUCGAACAUCCUCUAGAGUUGGUGCCGCGAAGCCUCGCUUUGCAUUUACUAGAUAACAUUACCACUGCCGUCAACGCACCGGCCAACGCCUAUCUCACCGGUUCUGGAGGCGUUGGUAAGAGCACCGUCCUGUUCAUUCUGUUGGUUCGGGCGUUGGACUACACUGCACGUCAGCUCCGCCAACCUCCAGAGAGCCCGCAGCGCCCGUUAUUUGUACUCUACGUUGCAUCAACGGCCAGUAUUGCUCGCCUGAGGCCAGACCCAGCCGCUGCUAGCUUGUGCCGGAUACUUGAGAUGCUCAACCGUCCGUUGUUGAACCUGCCACAGUACGCGGAUCUGCUGGCUCUUCUUCGGCCUGCGAUUGCUCCCAUCCGUGCUCAUGGAGUUGCGCUUGCUGCGUGGAACGCCGUUUGUGAUUACUGUGCUGCAACAACCACUUUCUGCUCGCUUUUUAUUCUCGACCAGUGGAAUGCCAUGUUCGACCCAGCUGUCGUCGUUGCAGGCUUGCCUCAAGACCAUCCUUUGCAAUCGCUUGGCUUCAUGGGUGCUCGUUUUGGCGUGUCAAUGUUCGUGGCAGCCGUGAGCUCAUCGUUCGACCCAUUGGACGCUGCGCGAGGAGUGUUCCGCGAUGCAGAGGCUCACGCCUGCAAACAGAUGGUUCGACCGCUCAGCCACGCUGAGACACAAGUGCUUCAGCAAACCUGGCUCUCUCGUAAUCCCCCUGUCCGCAUUUCCGACAAUAUCAUGGCAGACUUGCAUCGCAUUACUGGAGGUAUCCCACGUCUGUGCGAGCUUUUCGGCAGCCGGCCUUUUGCCAGUGUUGAGGAUGCCGAAUUUCGCAAUGUUGCAAGUCUGCUGCAAGUCCCUAUGGUGCUUUAA